AUGAUGAUGCACCGUGCUACGAUCAUCGCGAUGAUCUGCUGCCUCGUGGCCGGCGGCGGGGCGCGCGCGCAGCCGUUCGACUACCCGGCGGCGAGGUUCGCCACGACCUGGGCCAACACGGACGCCGCCCUGCCGCACCACGUCGUCUACACCGACGGCUCCGUGGCGCGCGCAGCCCUGCUGCGGCUCAACCCGGCGGGCCUCGGCCCCUCCUACGCCUUCGGCUUCUUCUGCGCCGCCAACAGCCCCCGCGGCGACGGCACCGCGGCCCCGUGCACGGAGUUCCUGCUCGGCGUCGCCGUCGUGUACUGCAACAGCGGCGCGGGCAUGACGUUCGUCACGGCCGGCGUCCCGCAGGUCGUCUGGUCGGCCAACCGCGGCAGCCCCGUCAGGGAGGGCGCCACCACGGAGCUCACGCCGGAGGGCGACCUGGUUCUGAGGUCGGGCCCCGGCGGAGCGGUCUUGUGGUCCACUGGCACCAAGGGCCGCUCCGUCGCCGGGGCGCGCAUCGGCAGCGACGGCAACCUGGUGCUGUUCGAUGGGCGCAACGCCACGGUGUGGCAGUCGUUCGACCACCCCACGAAUGCGCUCCUCGUCGGGCAGUCGCUGAAGCACGGCGCUCGGCUCACCGCCAACGUGUCGGCCGCGGACUGGCGCGAUAGCAGGCUCUACCUCGCCGUCGACGACGAUGGACUGAACGCCUACGUCAACGCCGCGCCGCCGCAGCGCUACUACCACCUCCGCCUCAGCGAGACCUCACCCGGCGCCUACGCAACGUACACCAAUGGCAGCCUCACGGUGUCCGCCCGGCCCGGAGCGCCGCCACUGGCAGCCAUCGAGCUGCCCACCGUCGGCGCCGGCACGGUGCAGUACAUGCGGCUGGAGCACGACGGCCACCUCCGGAUCUACGAGUGGCGCUCGGGCUGGGCGCCGGUGUACGACGUGCUGCGCCUCUUCCCGGACGGCGGCUGCGCAUUUCCGACAGCGUGCGGCGCGUACGGCGUGUGCACGGACGACACGCAGUGCAGCUGCCCCGACGCGGCCAACUUCCGGCCGGUGGACUUCCGGAGGCCCAACCGCGGCUGCGUCCCGACGCCGCCGCCUCCAACGUCGUGCCGCCCGUCGCGGCGGCCACGCACGCAGCACCGGCUGGUGUCGCUGCCGGGCACAACCUACUUCAACGACCACACCACGAGCAUGCGGGCCGUGGAGCGAGUGAGCGAGGAGGCGUGCAAGAAGGCGUGCCUGGACGACUGCGCUUGCGCGGCGGCGCAGUUCUACUACGGCCCCGACGCCGGCGACGGGUCAUGCUACCUGCAGUCGGAGGUGUUCUCGAUGCAGACGGUGCAGCCGGAGGUGGUGCACUACAACUCCACCAUGCAUAUCAAGGUGCAGGCCAAGCCUGCUAGGAACUGA